AUGAUGAUGAUGAGAGUGGCGGUGGUGGGUGGCGGCCUAAGCGGGCUAGUGGCUGCGCAUGAGCUGGCGAGGAGCGGCGGCGUGCGCGUCACCGUGUACGAUAAGGAGGACUAUCUCGGCGGUGCCAAGACCGUUGCCCUCGACGGCGGAGCAGCAGGCCGUGUUCUGGUCGACCUGGACUUCAUGGUCUUCAACCGGGUGACGUACCCAAACAUGAUGGAAUGGUUUGAACGUCUAGGGGUGGAAAUGGAGACAUCAGACAUGUCAUUCUCAGCAAGCAUGCGGUUAAACAAAGGUAAUGGCUUUGAGUGGGGUAGCCGCAAUGGUAUAUCUAGUGUUCUGGUGCAGAAGAGCAAUUUUCUUAGCCCCAGAUUCUGGCUCAUGAUCAAUGAGAUAUUCAAGUUCAAGAACCAUGCUCUCAAGUACCUAGAGGACCAUGCAAGAAACCCUGACAAGAAUGAGACUUUGGGUCAAUUUAUUCAGUCACAUAGAUAUUCGCAGCUGUUCCAGGAUGCUUACCUUAUCCCAAUGUGUGCAUGCAUUUGGUCCUGUCCAUCACAGAACGUAUUUGGCUUCCCUGCUGGUUUUGUGCUUUCAUUUUUUUGCGAUAAUCAUCUUCUUGAGUUGUUUAGUCCCUUACAGUGGCUAAAUGUCAAAGGUGGUUCAGGGUCCUACGUGAAUAAGGUAAGGGAGGAAUUGGAGAGCAUGGGUUGUCAAAUUAAAACCGGAUGUGAAGUGAGAUCAGUUUCAAGACUUAACGGAGGUUACCAAAUUUUUGAGACUGAUGGCUCAGAAGAGAUGUAUGACAGGAUCAUAUUUUGUGUUCAUGCUCCUGGUGCUCUAAAAGUACUAGGAACAGAAGCAACACCUGAUGAACAGAGAGUUUUAGAAGCUUUCCAGUAUAUCUACAGUGAUUUGUACUUCCACUGUGAUGAAAGUUUUAUGCCACAUAAUUCUUCUGCAUGGAGUGCGAGGAACUUCUUGGGGACUACAAGCAAUGGUGUUUGUGUUACAUACUGGUUAAAUAUACUUCAGAACAUUGAAUCUGCCAGACCUUUUCUUGCAACACUCAACCCUCCUCAUGUUCCCGAUCAUGUAUUGCUUAAAUGGCAUACUAGCCACCCGAUUCCUUCCAUGGCUGCUGCAAAGGCUACUCUUGAGCUCAAUAACAUACAAGGGAAGAGGGGGAUAUGGUUCUGCGUCCCAUAUCAAGGUUAUGGAAAUCAUGAGUACAUCAUCAAGGCUGGGAAAGCAGUAGCUUCAGGGUUGCUUGGCAAGAAAUGUGACCUUUUGGUUAACCCAAAACCCAUGGUCCCAUCAUGGACUGAGGCCGGCGCACGAUUUCUGAUUGCAAAAAAUAUGGGCAAAUACAUAACCAUUGGUAACUUUAGCAUGCUCGAAGAAGGAGGCACUACUCUUAGUUUUGGUAAAGCAUGUGAAAGAUGUCAACUAAAAUGUGUGAUACGAGUUCACAACCCCCAAUUCUAUUGGAAGAUUGCAACGGAAGGAGACCCUGGUUUUGCUUAUUCCUACAUCAAUGGUUAUAUCUCGUUUGUUGAUAAAAAAGAAGGCCUUCAGAAUAUUGUAGAGAUUACUUUGGCUAAUAGAGGUGAACGGAAGAGGUUGAGCAGUAGCCAUGCCAACAAUAAAAGUAGUUAUAUAAAAAAGGGCUGGUGGACACCCUUGCUUCGAAUCAAUGGAGCUGCAUUAGCAAAAUAUGUUUUGCAUGAAAUCUUAAGGAGAAACACAAUAUCAAAAGCUCGUAAAAAUAUCUCUGCACACUAUGAUCUGAGUAAUGAUUUCUUUGCUCUUUUUCUGGAUCCGACGAUGACUUACUCUUGUGGUAUUUUCAAGGUGGAAGAUGAGAGUUUAGAAGCAGCCCAGCUACGUAAACUUGACAAUCUAAUUAAUAAGGCUAAGGUGGAGCCGGGGCAUCAUGUUCUUGACAUUGGUUGUGGAUGGGGCAGUUUAGCAAUACGGUUGGCGAAGAGAACUGGUUGCAAGUGCACAGGAAUCACAUUAUCCGAGGAGCAACUGAAAUACGGAAAGAGAAAGGUGAAAGAAUUUGGAUUAGAGGACCGCAUAACUCUCCUGCUUUGUGAUUACCGUCAAAUACCGAAUGGCCAAAAGUUUGACAGGAUUAUAAGUUGUGGGAUGCUUGAACACGUUGGCCAUGAAUUCUACGAAGAUUUUUUUGCCUCCUGCGAGUAUCAUUUGGCAGAACACGGCCUACUUGUCCUCCAGUCCAUCGCGUGCCCAGAGGAAUUGUACGACAAAAUGAGGACGAGGCCUGAGUUCCUGAAGGAAUAUAUCUUUCCAGGUGGCUGCCUACCAUCUUUAGCUCGGAUUGCAUCUGCCAUGUCUAAUGCAUCAAGGCUAUGCAUACAACACGUUGAGAAUAUUGGGUACCAUUAUUACCCGACUCUGAUUCACUGGAGGGACAACUUUCUGGCCAAUAGAGAAAAAGUUUUGGCCCUUGGAUUUGACGAAAAAUUCAUCCGUACUUGGGAGUACUAUUUAAACUACUGUGCAGCUAUGUUCAAAUCACACAUGGGUUUAGAUUACCAGAUAGUGUUUGCUCGGCCAGGCGAUGCAAAGUUGCCGAGCUAUGUCGCCAUUGCAUAA